CUAGCUCUGUCCGCACUGUCAGUAGAACAGGAAGACUCCUCUACCCCCGCUAUAGACCGAGCUUUCUCUGCUGUCACUCAGGGGUUAAAAAGUUUACUAAACUCGUAAGAAUCAUGGAAACUAAUUUGAGAGAACACGUAGGUCAUAGUAACCCGUAACACCAACUCGUCAACCGUGUUGUCGCCGAAAACUACAUGUGGAAGUGGGGACGGCGAACUUUUUUCUCUUCUCGGGACUAUACAAACUAUAGCCUGACAAGUUAGCCUAGCUGAGCUAACCUUAGCACAGUUCGUAUCUUUUACUUUUAGGACUUAUAACCUAAUUCACAUUGAUAAAUCUUCGAUUCUUGUGACUCGUGGGUACUAAAAGACAAAAGUCCAAAUUGGCAUUUUCCUUAAAAGCAACAGGUUGUUUUUGAACUUUUCGUCGUGAGGACGUACGGUUGUGCUUUGAAUUUCCCUCCUUCAGUCAUAACAGACAGGCGGCUUAGCGAGGGGUUCGCUCCCUGUUGGCUGUCUACCAAAUCAUUAGCAACACUGUGCUAAUUGUGGCUAGUUAGCCACAGCAGUAGCGCAGGCCCAAGGGAAUUAACUGUUGUUACUUUCGCAAGCUCAGGAAAACGCCGUCCGAGUACUGCAGCUUUGUUUUACGUUUAAGUCCGGGGACUUUACCGCCGCACAGGUUUAGUUUGACACGCUGUUCGAGGAGACGGAUUAGUUUACAACUAUGGAUCCCCACACAGGGAACUCUGCUUCAGCUGCUGGUCCGAAGAAGGACAAGAAAGCGAAGAAGAACUAUGAGGAUGGAGAUGGGAAAAAGAAAUUUAAACUCAAACGGCUGAUUCCUGAAGAGUUGGAGCGUUUCACCAGCAUGAGGAUGAAGAAGGACAAGGAGAAGCCCGGCCAUAUGCAGGGUCAGCGCCACUCCUCAGCUGCCAGCUAUGAGAUCAGUGGACAGAGUGCGAUGCUGCCCGAUCACUCUGAUGAAUACGUCCUGGAACUCUUCGAACAGAUGCUGGUGGAUAUGAACCUGAAUGGGGAGAAGCAGCAGCCUCUGAGGGAAAAGGACAUAAUGAUCAAACGAGAGAUGGUGUCUCAGUACCUCCACACGUCAAAGGCUGGCCAAGACCAGAAGGAGAGCUCCAAAUCAGCCAUGAUGUACAUCCAGGAGUUGAGGUCAGACUACAGAGACACACAGCUGCUGAGCUGUCUGGAAUCUCUGCGUGUCUCUCUAAACAACAACCCUGUCAGUUGGGUGCAGAACUUUGGCGAUGAGGGGCUGGCCCUGCUGCUCAAUCGGCUUAGAAGACUACAGGAGGACAAAGACGAGUACCCAAUGACGGGAGUAAAAUGUCAACACGAGAUCAUUCGCUGCCUAAAAGCCUUUAUGAACAACAAGUAUGGUCUAAAAUCCAUGCUGGAGUGCGAUGAGGGAAUUCCUCUGCUGGUCAGAGCCAUUAACCCAAGGCUGCCCCAUAUGAUGGUGGAUGCUGUCAAGCUGCUCUCUGCCAUCUCAAUUCUGGAACAUCCAGAGAACCUUCAUGAGCGUGUUUUGGAGGCCAUAACAGAGGAGGCAGAGAAACGAGAUAUUGAGAGGUUUCAGCCUCUCCUUACUGGCAUGAACAAUCACAACAUUGCUCUUAAGGGUGGCUGCAUGCAGCUGAUCAAUGCCUUGAUAAGCCGAGGAGAGGAGUUGGAUUUCAGGAUCCAUAUUCGUUCUGAACUACUAAGAUUGGGACUCAGGGACCAGUUGAGGGAGGUGCGAGUGAUAGAAAACGAAGAGCUGAGGGUGCAACUCACGGUGUUUGAUGAGCAGGCUGAAGAUGACUCUGAGGACCUCAAAGCGCGUCUUGAUGACAUCCGGAUUGAAAUGGAUGAUGUGAGGGAAGUGUUUGACAUCUUAGCCAACACCGUGAAGGACUCGAAGGCCGAGACCCACUUCCUGUCUGUGAUGCAGCACCUGCUCCUGAUCCGGAAUGAUUAUUUGGCCAGGCCUCAGUACUACAAACUGAUAGACGAGUGCAUUGCUCAGAUUGUGCUUCACAGGAAUGGAGCAGACCCUGACUUCAAGUGCCGUAACCUCAGCCUCAACAUUGAAGGCUUGAUAGACAACAUGGUGGACCAGACUAAGGUGGAAACAAGCCAGGCGAAGGCAAACGAGCUGGAGAAAAAGUUGGAUGCGGAGCUGACAGCACGCCACGAGUUGCAGGUGGAGCUAAAGAAACUGGAGGGUGACUAUGAGCACAAGCUGCAGGACAUGAGCCAAGAGAAGGAACAGCUGGCAACUUCUAAGCUGGAACGAGAAAAGGAGAACCAGGGACUACAACAACAGCUAAGCACUCUGCAACAGCAGAUUGAAAAGCUUUCUACAGAUCUGGAAGAGGCCAAGACUAAAGUUGUUACAGUCACUGUCCCUGUGCCUACAUCUGGUUUUCCCCCUCCACCCCCUGCCCCUCCUCUCCCUGGUCAGAAUGCGGGUAUGCCACCUCCACCCCCACCCCCUCCCCUCCCAGGCCAGACGGGCAUGCCUAUCCCCCCACCCGCUCCUCCUUUACCGGGUCAUGCCGGUAUUCCUCCACCUCCUCCUCCACCUCCUUUGCCAGGUAUGCCAGGACCUCCACCUCCGCCACCCCUACCUGGCAUGCCAAUACCGCCACCGCCUCCACCCUUACCUGGAAUGGGACCUCCACCACCACCGCCUCUACCUGGGGCUCCUGGUAUUCCUCCUCCGCCGCCAGCCCCAGGCAUGCCUCCACCCCCACCAUUUGGCAUGGGGGGCUGGGGUGCCCCUGCUCCACCUCCACUGCCUUUCGGGCUCCAGGCUAAGAAGGAGUACAAGCCAGAGGUCCAGCUGAAGAGAGCCAACUGGAGAAAGAUCGGACCUGAGGACCUCUCAGAGAACAGUUUCUGGACCAAGGCAAAAGAGGACAAAUUUGAAAACAAUGAGCUUUUUGCCAAACUCACAUUGGCCUUCUCCUCUCAGACUAAGAGUGAGUUUUGGAAGGACCAGGAUGGUGCGGAUGACAAGAAGCUGGUGCAGAAGAAGAAAGUGAAGGAGCUUAAGGUUAUUGACUCCAAAAGUUCACAGAACCUGUCCAUUUUCCUCGGAUCGUUUCGUCUCCCUUACGAAGAGAUCAAGAACGCCCUCUUGGAGGUUAAUGAGAAGAUCCUAACAGAGUCAAUGGUUCAGAACCUGAUCAAACAGCUGCCAGCACCAGAGCAGCUGAGUGUCCUGGGAGAGAUGAAGGACGAAUAUGAGGAUCUGGCUGAGGCUGAGCAGUUUGGAGUAGUGAUGUCCAGCGUGAAGAAGUUGAUGCCACGGCUUCAGGCCAUCUCGUUUAAGCUGCAGUUUGAGGAGCAGCUGAACAACAUCAAGCCAGAUAUAGUGUCCGUGACAGCAGCCUGUGAAGAGCUCAGGAAGAGCCAGACCUUCUCUAAGCUGCUAGAGAUCAUCCUGCUUGUAGGGAACUACAUGAAUUCAGGCUCCCGCAAUGGAAAGGCGUUCGGCUUCUCGAUAUCGUACCUAUGCAAGCUGCGUGACACCAAAUCAGCUGAUCUGAAGCAGACACUGCUCCAUUUCCUCGCUGAUGUGUGCCAGGAACAGUAUCCUGAUGUCAUGGGCUUUGCAGACGAGCUCAUCCAUGUGGAAAAAGCCAGCAGAGUUUCUGCAGAGACACUUCAGAAGAACCUGGAGAUGAUGGGCCGUCAGAUGAAGAGCCUGGAAAAAGAUUUGGAAACAUUUCCUCCUCCACAAAGUGACAAGGACCUGUUUGUGGAGAAGAUGUCCAGUUUUGUUGGGAGCGCCAGUGAACAGUAUGAGAAGCUGGAUCUGCUGCAUAAAAAUAUGGACAAGCAAUUUAAUGACCUGGGAGAAUACUAUGUCUUUGACCCGAAAAAAAUCUCUGUGGAGGAGUUCUUUGGCGACCUCAACACCUUUAAAAAUAUGUUCCAGCAAGCAGUGAAGGAGAAUCAGAAGAGGAAGGAGGCUGAAGAGAAGAUCAAGAGGGCCAAGCUCGCCAGGGAAAAGGAAGAGAAGCAAAAGGAGGAGAAACUCAAGAAGAACCAGCUGCUUGACAUCAAUGCAGAGGGUGAUGAAACUGGUAUCAUGGAUGGCCUGUUGGAGGCGCUGCAGUCGGGCGCUGCUUUCAGAAGGAAGAGAGGACCUCGACAAGCAGCCAACCACCGACGAGCUGGUCAUGCAGUGACCAACAUUCUGGCCAAAGAGCUGAUGCAGGAAGAGUCACCCCAAUCCAGCAAGGUGCCCGCCAAGAAGAAGAAGACAGAGGAAAGGGAGGAGCCUAAACUAGAAGGAGCAGAGUCAUUAGAGGAGUUACUUGAGACUGCUCCUACGCGGUCCAAUUAAGUUUUUAUUUUUUCUACUCAGAGUCGGUGAUAUCACAACUCGGAUGUAUUCUGUAGUCAUUCCAAUGGACAUUAUCAAUCUGAGAGUAUCCUCCUGCAAAAAGGUCCUUGUUUCUUUGAUGCUUGUCUUGGCAGGACCUUCUUUCAGUCUAGCGGUGAUGGUGUCUUCUAGGACCACAGGAAGUGGUGGAGGAUCUCACCACAGCCUUAAACCCCUGGUUGUCCUUGUCUCGUCAAUCUCUCGAUCUUUGCCAGUUUCAUAAAGAUUGAAUUCCUUUCUUCAGCAUGUGCACAUAUCUGUUAUUGUCUUUCUCUUUGUAAAUUUGUGACUUGUGUCACCUGUCAUUCAUAAAGGGCAUCUUUAGCAAUUCCAAAGAUUAAUUCAGGAGGCAGCCACACUUGUUUGCGUUCAUUUCCCACAUGUAGACUCAGUGUCCUAAAUUUGGCACAUCCUGCAGGUGCUGCAGAGUUUUCUCUGGAUGUUCCGGCCAAGCCCACUGAACAGUUUUUCAUAUCGUUUUUUUAACCUACAAAUCGUAUUAUUUUGUACGAUAUGCUGUAUGUUUAUGUUGCUGUUUGUAAAUGUGAAUAUUUUUUCUGCGUCAUUGAAAAAGUGCCAACUAUUAGAAAUCCAGUCUUGUCCUUUCGCGCACAUAUUUGUCCAGUCACAGUUUGCACUGGAACGAUGUGUGGACCAGUCUUACCAGUCAACACUUGGGUGUUCAUUUGAUAAUUUUUUUAUGUGAGAAGGGAUUGUUUUCACUGGUGUGCAUGCUUAUGAUUCUAUAAAAAGGGGGGUGUUUUACACAAACUUGUCAAAGCUAUCUUACCACACAUGCCCACAACAGUUACAGUAUAUGGAGAAAACCUGCUAAUACAUAUGAGCAUCCCCAUGAACCAGAAGAAGUGAGAGUAAGAUGGAGGGAGGAGGUUCUUCUGCAGUUGAACACGUCAGUUAAACCAAAAAGAAAAGCUUCUUAAAAGGGUGUUUCCACACAAAACCUAGCCUGAGCAGUUCACAUGCCUGUGUUCACGUGCAUGAGAAUAUCUGAGUGUGUGAAGUAAGCUGCCUAUAUUUAGUCUUUGUAUGUGCGCUGCACUUCCUGCAUGUGUGUGUGUUAGUUCAUGUAGGUCUGAGUGUGUGCGUGCGUGAUGCCAUCUGUAAUUACUGAACGGUACCGACCAUGCUGUCAUAAAUGCUAGGUUUCAUAAACAGUUUUGUGGUAUUUCUGCUGAGGAUAAAGCACACUGGAAAACUGCCCCCAAACUGCUGAGACAAGUACAUAUGUGUGUUCAGUUGUCUGUGUUUUUGUGUGUUUGUGUGUGUUGUUCGCCCACUUUCCCUCCCACUGAACUGCAACAGUAGUUGCUGAAUGUCUGGCCUUGCUCUUAUUUGUAUUCAGAAGCCAUCAGUAGACAUGUUGCCAUGAUGUUGCGGUGUAAUGUCUGACAGGAAUCCUGCGAGAUGAUGUCAGCUGCUCCAUGCAAUAUUUAUUCCUAUGCAAACACAAUACUGUAGCCAGCCUCAGGAUGUAAAAGUGUAAACCUCAGUGCUCUUAAUGAACACGCUGAUUCUAGAUCAGUGCUUCUUACUUCUGGCGAUUGAGGAAAAUGUGGAUCUAAAAUGUCCACAUUUCAGGAUUCACUGACUUUUGUUAACAACGGUAGCAUCUAUAUGAAGUCACUUAUAAAAUGUAAAUGUCUUUUGAGCUGCAGAUACGGCAA